CCAUGUACAGUUUCUUCUCAGCUGGAGUUAGAAGAGGCCUUUCGGUUGUAUGAACUAAACAAGGAUUCAGAACUUCUAAUUCAUGUAUUUCCUUGUGUACCAGAACGGCCUGGCAUGCCUUGUCCGGGAGAAGAUAAGAGCUCAUUGUGCCAUCUGCACUGACCGAAUAUGGGGCCUGGGUCGCCAGGGAUAUAAAUGCAUCAAUUGCAAACUCCUUGUUCACAAGAAGUGUCACAAACUUGUCAGUAUUGAAUGUGGCCGUCAUACACUACAACCAGAACCAAUAAUGCCUAUGGAUCCAUCAUCAGUGCAUCCAGAUAACGUAGAAUCGGUGAUUCCGUACAAUCCCUCAAGUCAUGAGAGCUUGGACCAUGUUGGUGAAGAAAAAGAGGCAAUGAGCGUUAGAGAAAGUGGCAAAGCUUCUUCCAGUCUGGGUCUUCAGGAUUUUGAUUUGCUCCGAGUUAUAGGAAGAGGCAGUUAUGCUAAAGUACUGCUUGUUCGAUUGAAGAAAACUGAACGCAUUUAUGCAAUGAAAGUAGUGAAGAAAGAGCUCGUCAAUGAUGAUGAGGAUAUUGAUUGGGUUCAGACAGAGAAACACGUCUUUGAACAGGCUUCAAAUCAUCCCUUUCUUGUCGGACUACACUCUUGCUUCCAGACAGAAAGCAGGUUAUUUUUUGUUAUAGAGUAUGUAAAUGGAGGAGAUCUAAUGUUUCAUAUGCAGAGGCAGAGAAAGCUGCCAGAGGAGCAUGCCAGGUUUUAUUCUGCUGAAAUCAGUCUAGCAUUGAACUAUUUACAUGAACGAGGGAUAAUCUACAGAGAUUUAAAACUGGAUAAUGUGCUACUAGAUUCUGAAGGGCAUAUUAAACUCACAGAUUAUGGCAUGUGCAAGGAGGGCCUGAGGCCUGGUGACACAACCAGCACGUUCUGUGGGACUCCAAACUAUAUUGCACCUGAAAUUCUCCGGGGAGAGGAUUAUGGCUUCAGUGUAGACUGGUGGGCGCUCGGUGUACUUAUGUUUGAAAUGAUGGCGGGCCGGUCACCAUUUGAUAUUGUUGGGAGUUCUGACAAUCCUGAUCAGAACACAGAAGAUUACCUUUUCCAAGUAAUUUUGGAAAAACAGAUCCGAAUUCCCCGAUCCCUUUCUGUUAAAGCAGCAGGUGUUCUAAAGAGUUUCCUUAAUAAGGAUCCAAAGGAACGUUUAGGCUGCCAUCCUCAAACAGGAUUUGCAGAUAUCCAGGGACAUCCAUUCUUUCGCAAUGUUGAUUGGGAUCUGAUGGAGCAAAAGCAAGUGGUGCCUCCAUUUAAACCAAAUAUAUCUGGAGAAUUUGGUCUGGAUAACUUUGAUUCCCAAUUCACCAAUGAACCUGUGCAGCUCACUCCAGAUGAUGAUGAUAUUGUGAAGAAGAUUGACCAGUCUGAAUUUGAAGGCUUUGAAUAUAUAAAUCCUCUUUUGAUGUCAGCUGAGGAAUGUGUCUGAAUUCUCCAUUUCUGGACUGUGCCAAAUGUUACUCUGUUUGUUUCUGCAUGGAUAAACAUCUCUUCACUUGGAUGCACUUGCGUAAAAUGAGUAACUGAACAUCUUACCCUUGCUACCUAGUGCAAAUUACUCACUACUUUUCUUUUUGUAU